AUGUCUGCCACUAAAUCCGACUGUAGCAGUGGAUCGACUGCCUCUGCAGAAGGCGCUGAAGCUACCACGAGUGCUGAAGUGUCACCAGAAAUGAUUCCCGCUGCCAUUCCUGUUAAUAUUUCGUCGCCAUCACCAUCCAAGACGAUAUCGCAAGAGUUCCAAGAGUUUGAAGGCACCACCAUUUUCGCUCCAUCCCCGUCACCGACUUAUCGGUAUUCGCUGUCACUAAAGAAUGGGAAACUUCGAGUUUGGCUCGAAGAUUGCGAGAGCAAGAAACAAUGGUGCACGACAGAACUCGACACUCAGGACUAUGUUGAUUCCACCAAUGUCAUCCCAGAUGCCACUGCGUCCGACUACGUUGAGUUGUUGGCCCCAAAUAGUGCUUCCGAGAUCUCCUGGAUGCUGCUCACGACGACGCGACCAACAUUCCAAGCGCAUUUCAGCGGCACAAAGAUGGUGUUUUCCAGCUAA